AUGCUUGAACUUGCUCAAAGUUUAGUUCUCAACGAAGAAGCACUCAAAAGUCUACCGGAAAAUAAACGACCUGUGUUCAUUUAUGAAUGGCUUUGUUUUCUCAAUAAAGUACUCGUUGCUGCUCAAAAAAAUGAUAUUCGAGAAUGUCAACCACGCAUUGUCAAACAGCUCAUGCAACAAGUUCAAGAUGGACCUGGACCACCUAUACGAACGUUAAUUGGUCGAAAUUUAGCAACGUUGUUUAGUGUUGGAGAUCCUUUUCCAUUGUUCAAUACAGUCAACUGCUGUAAUGAUACGUUAAAAGCAAAAGAUGAAGUAGCAAAGUUAGCUACAGUAGUUGUGAUUGGCGCACUUUACGAACGUCUUGGUCGUUUAGUCGGUCGUUCAUAUGAAGAAACGGUUCAAUUACUAUUAAAAACACUCAAAAAUGGUGAUUCUCAAAUGCGUUUCGAAAUCAUGUUCACACUCGAACGUAUCGUCAACGGACUUGGCUCAGCUGGUAACAAUGUUCAUCGAGAAAUCUUCAAAGUUGCCAAAGCUCAUAUCUGCGACCGAGCAUUGCCUGUUCGAUCAGCUGCUGCAAUGUGCCUGAUCGCUUUAAUCAAUCAAAAUAAUUUCAUGUAUACAACCGAAUUAGAAGGAAAUGUAACACUGGCCUUUCGAGCUCUUGAUAGUUCAAAUUACGAAGUUCGCUGUUCUGUAGCGAAGUAUUUAGCAGCUUUGUUAGCUGCAACGCAAGAUGUCACAUCAAAUCCAAAUUCAAAUACGAUGAGUAAAUCAACGACAAAUGCUGCCAAUGCGAAGAAAAUCAAAGCAGAAGAUAUACUGAAUUAUCUUGCCGGGGGUUUUCUGCGAGGCAACAUUGGUUUUUUGAAAACAAAUACCACCGAACGAAUUAAAGGACCUACGACGGUUCAACGUGAAAUACGUAUUGGUGUCACUCAUACUUAUGUUGAAUUAGCACUCGUACUUGGCACCACCUGGAUCGAACAAAAUCUUUCCUUAUUUAUUAACCACGUUCUUGAAUUAGCUGGAAAUCCUCGGGCGUCCACAUCACAUGUCGAUGCUGUCUAUUCGCGCAAAUGUAUUGCGUUUAUUCUUCGUUCAGUCAUCGGAUCUCGUCUAGGCGAAAAAGCUCAAUUCGCAGCCGCGAAAGAACUUACAACGAUCAUAACCCGAUAUACCAAUCCACAAUUAUUACAAUCGACUUCGGCCACGUCUACGACAUCAACUAAUGAAUUAAAUAUAUCGACAGGUUCAUCUUCACUCAAUUCGAGUACGAAUUCGAUGAUACAAUCGUACGGUUCAUCGACGAAUACAUUCGAAUCAUCGUCAUCAAACUUAGAAUACACUCAACAUAUACUCAUUUGUGCCUUACAUGAAUUAAGUUUAUUGGUUCAAAGUAUCGGCACAUCAACAACACUGUUAUUACAAGACAGUUGUCAUGGUUUGAUUGAUACACUAUUUCUCGUUAUUUUGAAUCCGUCGCAUCCGGUUAGAUUAUCUGCGGCCUGGUGUCUUCGAUCGAUUACGACAGCUUUACCCUCUUUGAUGACACCAUUAAUUGAUCGUUGUCUAGAGAAAAUGAAAAGUUUAGCUAAACAAUCCAACUCAUACAAUACAGAUGCCAUGUCGGGAUUUGCUAUGGCUUUGCAAGCAUUACUCGGAGCUGUUUAUCGAUGCCCAUUAGGUAUUCCAUCGCAACGCGCUAAAUCUAUUUUUGAUUUUGCCGAUGAUUUGCUUCGGACAGCGACGGCUUCAACGGCUGGCCAGCAACAGUCUCUUAUCCCACGCGUUAUACUUCAACGUACGCAUACAGCUUGGCAUUUACUCGCUGCUUCUUGUACUCUGGGUCAACAAGUCAUUAAGAAGUUCGUUCCGCGUUUAGUUCUUCUUUGGCGGAAUGUUUUUCCUCGUUCGCAAGCUGAUUUUGAACAGGAAAAACAACGCGGCGAUUCAUUUACAUGGACACUUUCGUUCAAUCAACGUUCAGGCGCACUUUGUUCAAUGAUAUCAUUUCUCAAUAAUUGUUCAACAGGUGACGAACACUUGGUUACAGAUGAUUUACUCAAGCGGAUGUUAAAUCCAAUUGAGAAUGCCAUUCUUGUUCUUGUUCAUAUACCGAAUCUAAUCAAACAAUUCGGUCCACCAUUAAAAGCCUCAACCGCCAUGUUUCGUCUUCGUCUCUACGAACUACUUCUAUUAAUUCCUACUAAAUUCUACGAACAACAUUUCAAAGUUUUAUUGCGAGAAUUAGUUGCCGAGUUUACACUAACUGACAAUUCAUCGAAUACCACAACUUCGCUACUUCGCUCUGUCUGCCAUGAUAAUGACAGUGUCUUGCUAGGCAAUUGGCUUCAAGAAACAGAUUAUCAGAUGGUUGAAGAACAACUACAACCGAAUUCAGCUAGCGGUUCAGGCGCACUUGAACACGAUGAAACUUAUCUCUAUCGUCGUGACACAUCGUUAACGUCAUUCAAUAUAAUUAAUUAUCUUUUCCGUUCAUCAUCAACCACCGAUAAUAAUUCGAGCAAUGCGUAUUAUUCACGUCCCGCUGAUACGAAUAUUACCGAUCCAUUACCGGUAGGUGUUGCAGUUAUUGACGCAUCAAUACUUCUCUAUGGUACAAUGUUUAUUCGUGUGCCAAAUAAACAUCGUUUGAAUAUGUUACAACAUUUUAUCGAUACAAUCAAACAAUCGAAAGGUCCACGUCAGGAAGCCGUGCAAGUGAAUAUAUUUACAGCUGUGUUAUCAGCAUUGAAAAUCUUAGCUGAAACGAAACAGUCAUCUGCCAUGGAUGAUGAAAAUGUCAAGAAAUCGGCAUAUACACUUGUCAUGCAAACUCUAAGUCAUCAGAAUCCGAUUCUGCGUUGUGCAGCUGGCGAAGCUGUCGGUCGUUUAACACAAGUUGUCAGUGAUGGACGAUUUGUGGCUGAAAUUGCUCAAAUCUGUUUCGAUCGUUUGAAAGAAUUACGCGAUGUACCAUCUCGCACCGGUUAUUCCUUAGCACUCGGUUGUUUGCAUCGUUACGUCGGUGGAAUGAGUACAGGACAAUAUUUAAAUUUAUCUGUAUCUAUCUUGCUUGCACUUGCACAAGAUCAAUCAGCAUCGACAGUACAAGUAUGGGCAUUGCACGCUUUAGCGUUGAUCGCUGAUUGUGGUGGACAAAUGUUUCGUUCGUAUGUUGAACCCAGUUUAGCACUUAUCCUACAUCUUCUCCUGUCGAUUCCGCCUUCGCAAUCGGAUGUAUUUCAAUGCUGUGGGCGUUUACUUGGUGCUUUGAUAACUACCAUUGGUCCCGAACUUCAAACAAAUACGAACUAUAUCUCAAUAUUACGUUCAUCUUGUUUAACAGCAAGUAGCCUUUUACAAAUGCAUAUCGAGCCCAUUGUUCAAGCGGAAGCUAUCCAAGCUUUGCAACAAUUACAUUUAUUUGCUCCACGACAUGUCAACUUGUCAGCAUUGGUGCCUGAACUCAUCAAAGCAUUAAAAAGUCGAGAUUUAUCUCUACGACGUGCGUGUGUUUCAUGUCUGAGACAACUAUCACAACGAGAAGCAAAAGAAGUUAGCGAGCAUGCGAAAUUAUUCAUGAAAGACAAAGCAUCGGAACUAUCGAAUGAACUUUCAGAAUUCCGAAGUCUUGAAGAAUUGCUCUUUUCAAUGUUGGACACCGAAACAGACAGCAAACUAAGUUCAAAUGUGCAAGAUACACUCGUGUAUAUGUUGCAAGCACUUGGAGCAAGCAAUUUGAAACACUGGUUACAAUUAUGUAAAGAUGUUCUUGCAGCCACAACUGAAACAUCAAGUACAACACCAUCGGUGCAGACCGAGCAAUCACAGCAGAAACAAUCUGGAUCAGCGUCAGGCUCAUCAGCCUAUCCGAAAUCAUCAUCAUCAUCACGUCCCAUAGCUACUGCUGAUGAUGAUGAAGAUAGUUUUGGUCUACAAGAUGAUGACAAUGAUUUUGCGGAUACAGGUGGUGAUGAACAAUUGCAGACACCGUCGAAUCAAAACUCCAUUCGCCGUGCAACAUCAUCAGCGAAAUGGCCAACAAAAGUUUUCGCUGCUGAUUGUGUACAAAAACUAAUCAACUAUUGUGAACAAACCACAGCAUCCAAUCUACAUUUUGAUUUUAUUGCCGCCAAAGAACGCCUUCGUACGCAUCCGAGUGAAGAUUAUCUGGUUACACAUUUAAAUACCUUAAUCACAUUUUCGUUUAUGUCGUGUACAUCAACAAGUGAUCAGCUACGUUUAUCUGGCCUCUCAUUGUUAAGACAGAUUAUCGUGAAAUUUGCUCAUGUUGAAGAAGAUAUCGAUCUACCCGGUCAUGUCAUCCUUGAACAAUAUCAAGCACAAGUCGGCGCUGCAUUACGGCCAGCAUUUUCUCAAGACACAUCAUCACACGUUACUGCCCAAGCUUGUGACGUAUGCAGUACGUGGAUAUCUAGCGGUGUUGCACACGAUUUGAACGACCUUCGCCGUGUUCAUCAAUUGUUGGUUUCGUCCUUACAAAAGUUUACUUCAAUUCAACAACAUAAAAAUGAUACAUCAAUGGUCUACAGUGAAAAUGCGCUAACUAUUGAAAAUCUAGCUGUUCUCCGCGCAUGGGCCGACGUGUACAAUGUUGCUACCGAACGACAAAAUCAAGAAAAGAAUAGUCCGAAUAGCAAUCUACUGAUUCUUGUUCAACCUGAACUGAACGUUCUCAUUCAUCAUUGGCUUGCUGCUUUGACAGAUUAUGCAUUUUUAAUUCUGCCUAGUGAAUUCGGUGGAAAUACCAUUGACGAAAAUUCUCAUGGCGGAAAUUUUUAUUCCGCUGAAUCAAAUCUCGACCUAACACGAACAAUUUACAAAGCAAAUUGGGCAUCAGUUAUGCAGGCUACCACUCAAUGGCUUGGCGAACAUCACUAUGAAUUGGAAACGUUAGCAGCCAAUCAGAAACUAAUCGGAUAUCGACAACGCGAUAGUUUAAUGACGAAAUUUAUCACAUCAACUUUAACAAAUAAAAUUCGAACAUUUCCUGAAAAGAGAGAAGACAUUUUUGCGAUGCUUCUGGGUUGUUGCAUCGAAGCACUGUCCAUCUCAGUAUCCGAACAAACUGAUGAAACAAUUGAGGAUAUCCUAUCAUCAUUGAUUAAUUUACUUCAAGCAGAAAUAGCGACCAAUCAAUUGNCGCGAUAG